UUUUUUUUUUCAGUGGUGUUGAAAUGUAAUAUUCGUAGAACAUAAUGAAACCCUACUAUUUGUUAAGAAAGAUUGCUUUGGCUUAAAUUUUAUAGUAUAGAGACUGAAAUUAUAUGGACAGCUCUGGCAGUUAGUUAACAAAUUCCGUGCAUAUGUGGGCAUGCUCAAUGGCUUAGUAGCUGCAGGGAAGCUCGAUUUUCCAUGGAAACUCUUUGAGAUGUGCGCGCCGCGCACAGCUGUCACAGGGAACGUAAGUCCGCUGAGCCAUGUUAAACAUCAAGAAUUAAACACAGCAUAUUACAAAGACUGUUAGCAAUUUGUAAACUGCGAAAAGCAAUCAACAACACUCUCAGUUUUUCUCUACUGCGCAGCGUUAAUGCUCACAAAUUGCUUGUUCUGAUAACUUGGACGAUAAACCCUAUUUACAGCUAGCUAUGCACGGAUUGUUAUUUUGUUUGCUGCCGAGAACACAUUAAGCGUAAUAGGAUUUUAUGGGAUGCUCUGAAAGGGCGAGAAGGAAAGAGCGAGCGAGAGAGGAAGAGGCACAUACAGCCAAGACAUGGAAAAUAUUCCAUUGAAAUGCCGUUUAAUGGUGGGAAAGCAUAAAAUAACAAUUUGCAUAAUAUUAUGAUUUUCGGCGGGCGGUUUCUUUUGUGCCGACGUAUUGAGCUUUUUAAGUUAUUGCUCGCCCAGUCAAAUGAGUAUAUUAGUUUUCCGCAUCUGUACAUAUAAGCUUAUUUGGACAGAUUAAAUGGAAAUUAUUGAAAUUAUAAUUAAGUUAAUUUACGGGGCGUCAAUUUCAGUGGCGGCGUGGAAGCUGGAUAGCAAGGAAAAGGAAAAAGCUUUGAAGCAACUAUCGCCGAGCUAUCAAAAGAUUCAAAUUCAAAUUCAGUUGAAAGCAAUACCUUUACCGCACCGAUAUCACAUGCCGUUGCCUCCAGCAACCGGCAUCGGCAUUCAACAGUCGACGUUUGUGGGCGGCCAGAAGAUGGAGGCACAGCAGCCCACCCAGCUCAGGCCAGCUGUAUCGACUUGUAGUCACAUUAAAUGGCAAUCAAAUCCCCACGAUGUGCAGCACAUAUGACAAUGAGCAGUUGAUAAGAAGAUGCGGCGGCAAUUUCAAUAGGCGCGCAACAAGUUGACUAUCUAAUUGGCAAGAGCGCUGUAGUGAUUAUGUUAUUCAAGAACUUAAACGAAUUUAAAUUGGCACAACUGUCAGUGCUCGAGCUCUGAAUAUGCUUGGCAAGCUGGAAACGUUGAAGGCCUGCAAAAGCAAUUAGUUUUAUUGCUUGCAAAUGUAUUCAGUCUCCCAACAUGAAAUUCGCCAAAAAGAAGUUUAUUAGCUCUUAACCUUUGCUGAGAUAUAUGACAAUCAAGCUAAGAAAACUUGAAUUAGUUUACCUAAAAUUUGAAU